UCAACGAUCAACCAGUCUCUCUUGGACCUUUCGUGUAUGCGGAACUGACCCCGCUUGAAGUUUUAACAUUUCUUUAAAGGAGUAUUUCAAUUCCAAUUAAUUCACUGAUUGAAAUUUUUCUCCAAUAAAAUAUAAUUUUUAAAAAAAUAUUUCAUUAAUAUUACUGUGAUAAAAAUUCAAAAAUCAAGCAAAUUAAUUGCUUUUUUAAUUAAUUAAACAUGAAGAGUAUUUAUUCUGUACGAAUUUGAAAUUUAAAUAAAUGGAAUGUCACGAGUAUAAUUGUGUUAGUUUUACAAGAGUGUUGCAUGGAGAUUAAUAAGUGAUUUUGGAUAAUUAAUUAUCGUUUAAUACGAUUAUUAUUGAUACGGAAAUGUAUCCGCGUUGCGUGCAAACAACCAUGCAGUCAUUGUUAAAAAUAACCGAACCAUCAUCGUAAUAAUGAUGAAUAAUGAUCAUAUUUUUAAUAAAAUUUAGGCUGAAAAUUGUGACAAUUAGAUAAAAAUAAUAAUUUUAGUGAUAAGACAUGGUCAGAAGACAUCAUUAGAAAUUACAAAAAUAUUUUCAUUUAUUUCAUAUAAACCAUGAAUUUUAAUGAUAUAAAUAAUUUUAUGAAGAAUUGUGUUUCUUUAAUGAUAAAGCAGUAUGACAGUUCAAUAAUAAUAACCAAAGUGAUAACAUACUUUAGAAAUAAUAUUGGUUUCAUAAAAAACAGUUAAAAUAAUAAAAAAUAUGCAUUAUUCUGCAAAAUUUUUAUAAAAAUUAAUGACAAUUAAUCGAGUGCAAAAAUAGGAUAAAAAGUUUUUUUUCAAAAUUUUCAAUGUUUUAUAAGACUUUCAUAUUAAUAAGUGUACAGUGUAUUAUUAACAUAUUAUCAUCAUGAUUACAGAAUGGUUAGACACAUGGUUCGGCCGGCCAAAAAAGUCUGGUCGUGGGGGCGGUGUAAGAACUGGAUCUGGCUUCAACACCAUUCCCCGACCUCACUCUGGCGAUGAUUUUGAUGAAAUUGAACAACAGAGGUCGAUUAUCGAAAGAAUGGAUGAGGAGACGGUGAACGAUAGAUUUGAAAAGAUGCUGGCAAAUAUGAAUCUAACGGAAGAGAAAAAAGAACCCUUGAGACAGCAGCCAGAAACAAAGAAAAAAGAGAUGCUGGUACUCCAUUAUAAGGGUAGCAUCCAAGAAAAUCGAUCCAAGUUCGAUAAACCUGCUGAUUACAUUCAAUAUCUUGCUCAGCCUGAUCUCAGCGUUAAUAAAAUUUAUAGCUGUGUUGAAUCAUUGAGAAUCGCUCUUACAAAUAACCCCCUGAGUUGGGUCCAGGAGUUUGGAACCGUAGGACUUAAACAAGUUCUCGCAACUCUCAAUGAAUGCUAUCGAAAUGCAUCUAUACAUUUUGAUAGUGACAAUCGAUACGAACGAAUACAGUAUGAAUGUAUUCGUUGUCUGAAGGCAAUAAUGAACAAUACGGUCGGAAUAAAAGAGAUGCUGGCACAUCACGAAGCACUGACGAUUGUCGCACGCUCAUUGGAACCUAGUAAGCCGUCAGUCAUGUAUGAGGCAGUGAAACUUCUCGGUGCUGUUUGUCUCAUUUCAAGCGACAGUCACAAGAAAGUACUUGAUGCAAUAACCAUGAAUGGAGAAUUUAAGGGACGCGAGAGAUUUCAACCAAUUGUUCAAGGAUUGAUGAAUAAGCAAAAUGAGAAUUUAAGAGUCGUUUGUUUACAAUUAAUCAAUUCAAUUAUAUCAUCUGCUGAAGAUUUAGAUUUCCGAUUACACUUGCGAAAUGAAGUCAUGAGAGUAGGGUUAUCAAAUAUUUUGGAAACUUUAGAAAAUGAUGAAUCUGAAGAUUUAGCGAGGCAUUUGAAAAUUUUUAAUGAUUAUAAAGAAGAAGAUUAUGAAGAAUUUGUUCAACGUUUUGAUAAUGUAAGACUUGAAUUAGAUGACGUAAAUGACUGCUUUGAAGUAGUGAAAAACAUGGUGAUGGACACCAUGGCUGAACCAUAUUUUUUAUCAAUACUCCAGCACCUUCUUUUCAUUCGAGAUGAUGCACUAGUCAGGCCUGCAUAUUAUAAGCUCAUUGAAGAGUGUGUUUCCCAAAUAGUUUUACACAGAUCGGGUUGUGAUCCAGAUUUUAGCGCUACUAAACGAUUUCAGAUUGAUGUACAGCCACUCAUAGAUACUUUAGUAGAAAAAUCACGAGCAGAAGAAGAAAGACGAUUAGUAGAGAUGUCUCAAAAGUUAGAAGAAGCAAUUUCUAGUAAACAAGAAGCCGAAGCAAAGCUUCAACAUGCAGAAAAUAAAAUUAGAGAGUUAGAAGCAGGAGGAGCAAAGCUUGGAAUUUCAUCGAAAUUAUCUGGAGUAUCACCACCUCCUCCACCGCCAAUUCCAGGCAUGGCUGGACCUCCUCCGCCUCCAAUGCCAGGUACAAGAGGUCCACCACCACCACCGAUGCCUGGAAUGGGUGGCCCACCACCACCUCCAAUGCCAGGCAUCAGUGGACCACCUCCGCCACCAAUGCCAGGCAUGGGACCUCCACCACCACCUAUGCCAGGUAUGGGACCACCACCUCCACCAAUAGGAGGAAUUAAAUUAUCUAUGGCAAAUAAUUUAGAUACUCUUCCUUAUGGAUUAAAACCUAAGAAGAAGUGGGAAGUUGAUGGACCUUUAAAAAGAGCCAAUUGGAAAGCAAUUCUUCCUCAUAAAUUGAAUGAAAAGUCUUUUUGGGUCAAAGUUCAAGAAGAUAAGCUUGCUAGUCCUGAAAUUUUAAAUGGAUUAGCACAAAAAUUCUCGUCUAAGCCACCUACUAAAAAAAUUGACGAUGUUGUUGAUAAAUCUUCGUCAACCAAAAAAGUAAAAGAUCUCAAAGUAUUGGAUUCUAAAGUUGCACAAAAUAUUUUAAUAUUAUUAAAUGGAACUUUAAAACAUAUGACUCAUGAAGAAGUCAAGAGUUGUUUACUGAGAUGUGAGGGUCCUGUUAUUGACGAUAAUGUUUUACAAGGAUUAAUUCAAUAUCUACCUCCACCCGAUCAAUUAAAUAAAUUACAGCAAUAUAAGGACUGCUUUGAUGAUUUAACUGAAGCCGAACAGUUUUGUGUUACGAUAUCGACUAUUAAGAGACUGUUACCUAGACUUAGAUCAUUGAGUUUUAUGUUAAAAUAUGAAGAACUUGUUCAAGAUGUCAAACCGGAUAUUGUAGCUGGCACUGCUGCUUGUGAAGAAGUAAAAAAUAGUAAAAAAUUCGCCAGAAUUUUAGAGCUUAUUCUUCUAUUAGGAAAUUAUAUGAAUUCAGGAUCACGAAAUGGACAAGCUUUUGGCUUUGAAAUUAGUUUUCUUGCUAAGUUAACAAGUACAAAAGACGUGGAAAACAAGGAAACACUCAUGCAUUACUUAGUAGACACGAUUGAGAGAAAGUUCCCCGAGUGCCUUAACUUUAUAGAAGAAUUAUCCCACGUAGAUCGAGCAAGUCGAGUGUCAUUAGAAAAUAUUCAACGAACUCUACGUCAAAUGGAUGCUAACAUAAGAAACUUAGAACAAGAUUUAUCCAAUUCAAAAAUUCCACAAAGUGAUCACGAUAAAUUCAAUGAAAUAAUGACUCCGUUUGCUAAAAGGGCUCGAGAAUCUUACGAAGUAAUGCAUAAUAUGUUUAAAAAUAUGGACACCUUAUAUAGUGAUAUUUCUGACUUCUUCGCCUUUGACAAGCAAAAAUAUACAAUAGAAGAAUUUUUCGGAGACAUUAAAAAAUUUAAAGAUGAUUUUCAGCAAGCACAAAAAGAGAUUCUCAAGAUGCGAGAAGGUGAAGAGAAGCAAAGAAGAGCACGUGAAGCUCGAGAGAAAGCAGAGGCUGAACGAGCGGCUCGUGCAGCUCGAAAACGUGCGCUCGUUGACAUGAAUGCCCACGAAACGCAGGAAGGAGUAAUGGAUAGUUUGAUGGAAGCAUUACAAACUGGAUCUGCCUUUAGUCGACCUGAUCAACGACGAAAACGCCAAAAUCGAGUCGCCGGUGCAGAAAGACGUGCUCAACUUAAUCGAAGUCGAUCGAGAACAGGACUUGUAGGAACUGGAUUAAUUGGACGAGAAUUAUCUACGGAACUUCUGGGCUCUGCGUAGCAUGUAGUAAGGCUUUGUCUCCGUUCAACAAUUAGCUGUGAUGUUUUAUACAAUCAAGAAGGUUUAUUAUGAUAAUUAACAAAAUAACUUAAUGCCAGACAAUGUCUUCCUUGUAUUGAUUUUAAGAGAGACACUUUUAAAAAUUAUCAUUCAGAUUUAUAUUAUUCAAUAUAAUUAUUAAAGUGAUCUUGUAUCAUAAAAAUUGAUAUGAUUUACCUGAAUUAGGUACUUAUUUCAAUUUAUAUUAAU